CUGCAAUUUUGGUGUUGCGCCUGAGAACCUUGCACCGCCCCCACGCCUUUCAGGUUCCUGAUGGCCAGAUCCAAAGCCACGGGCUACGGUACCAUGUCCAAGUUCUUCGCAGCAGCCAACAAGGCGGGCCCCGGGAAGGGGGACGACCACACCGACGACAUGACCGCUACUACUACUGGUCCUGAAGGUCACGACAGCGAGGUUGGCCACCUCCAGCAGGCGCGGGACUCGAAGCGGCAGAUCGGCGUGGUGUCGGCGACCUUCCUGGUGGUCAACCGGGUGAUCGGCACGGGCAUCUUCGCCACGCCGGGCUCGAUCCUGGCGCUGUCGGGCAGCGUGGGCCUCUCGCUGUUCAUGUGGGUGGCGGGCGCGCUGAUCGCGGCGGCGGGCACGGCCGUGUAUCUGGAGUUCGGCACGGCGAUCCCGCAGAACGGCGGCGAGAAGAACUACCUGGAGUACGUCUACCGCCGGCCCAAGUUCCUGACCACGUGCCUGUACACGGGCUACGUGGUGCUGCUCGGCUGGGCGAGCGGCAACUCGGUCAUCUUCGGCGAGUACAUCCUGCACGCGGCGCAGGUCGACGUCGACCGGUGGAACCAGCGCGGCGUCGGGCUGGCCUGCAUCACGGCCGCCUUCCUGAUCCACGGCACGGCGCUCAAGUGGGGCAUCCGGCUGCAGAACCUGCUCGGGGCCAUCAAGGUGGUCGUCAUCCUCAUCAUCGUGGUCACCGGCUGGGUGGCGCUGGCCGGGCGCAUCCCUUACCUGCCGCCGGACCAGCACCCGCACAACUUCGCCCACGCCUUCGACGGCACGACCGGAAGCGCCUACGGCGUCGUCACGGCGCUGUACAACGUCAUCUGGAGCUUUGUCGGCUACAGCAACGCCAACUACGCGCUGAGCGAGACGCGCAAUCCCGUGCGCACGCUCAAGAUCGCCGCGCCGCUGGCCAUCGGCGUCAUCGCGGUGCUGUACAUGUUCGUCAACAUCGCCUACUUCGCCGCCGUGUCCAAGGAGGAGAUCCUCGAGGCCCGGAGGCUGGUCGCCGCGUCGCUGUUCCGCAACAUGUUUGGCCCCGCCGCCGAACGCGCGCUCUCCGUGUUUGUGGCCCUGUCGGCCUUUGGCAACGUCCUCAGCGUCAUCUUCUCGCAGGGCCGCCUGGUCCAGGAGCUGGGCCGCGAGGGCGUGCUGCCCUUCUCCCGCCUGUGGGCCAGCAACCGGCCCUUCAACGCGCCCCUCGCCGGUCUGUUUGAGCACUGGCUUGUGUCCGUCAUCAUCAUGCUCGCUCCGCCGCCUGGCGAUGCUUACGACUUUAUCUUGAAUCUCAUCUCAUAUCCACUCGCCAUCGUCAACGCCUUCGUGGCCGCAGGCCUGAUCUACCUCUAUAUCAACCGCAAGCAAUGGAAUUGGAACCCGCCCAUCAGCGCCACCCUACCCGUGGUGGUCUUCUUCUUCCUCAGCAACAUCUACCUCAUCGUUGCGCCCUUCGUGCCGCCCGUAAACGGCCAGAACAUCUACAAGAGCCUGCCCUAUUGGAUCCACUGCGUCGUCGGGUUCGGCAUCAUCCUGGCCGGGGGCGUCUACUGGCUGAUCUGGGCGAUUAUUUUGCCCAAGAUUGGGAAAUACGAGCUGGUGCGGGAGACGGUGGUUGAUGACAUCGACGGGUGGGAGAAGAACGUGUUUGUGAGGCGGCCAUUUGGCGGUCUAGCAACCACCGGCAAAUCCCAGACUGAGGAGCCACAAUAGUGAUUAGUACUACUGGUAGUGGUACGGGCAUGUUUUGGAUAGGCGUGGAGUACUCUGUUGAUAUACCCCUCUAAUGCUAGUUAGAUAAUGCCAUCGCGGUAGUAGUUAUGAUCAUCGAGUGGAUCGUGGGAAUGGCGGUGCGAGCCAGCUGUCUCUUUCUGCCUCGCCGCUUGCACUGAUAGUACCGUUCUAGCUUCCUUGUCCGCCAACCACCGAAGGAAAGCCAACUCUACCGCUGUAUUCGUACCAGUUACCCAUGAACAGCCCCUUGAUCUUGGAGUCCUGCAGCAGCUUGCAGUCCUUUUUGUGACCGUCGUAUUUCCAGC